AUGCAUUCUUCGUGGUUCUCAUAUCCCAUCACUAGACCGUAUCCGUUCCGAUGGUUUACUCCAGUGGCUAUUGGGGGCGGUUUGAUAUUGGUGGUACUGUUUACAAUCAUUAAUCUAGCGUCGAGUGCGUUUUACCUGAAGCCGAUCUUCACUGAUGAUCCUAAUGGCACAACAACUCAAUCAAUUCGAUGGUUUAUGAAAGCACCUUUGAACUGGGACAAUAACAUGAAGGUCAAAUGCCAACCCAAGAUACUAUCUGUUGGUGAUCGGGUUUUCUCCACCAACCUAGGCUUCCAAUAUUCCGUCAAGGCUCUGACCUCAUCAGACAAUGACUCAGACUUUCGAAAGACAUAUCCUUCAAUUGCUUACUUGAACAAUACUCUUGAAAAUUGCUACCUCACAAAAGUCGACAUUAAUCUCCGGAAAUCAGACGCCAGAGCGUCAAAUAGCUGGUGGCUUUCUUGGAUCACGACUUUCACUGAUGCUACAGCCUCUUGCAAUGUCAUGACUAGUGAAGGCCUAGUUAACAUCACUCUUGGUGUUGAAUACACUGGUCAGAGUGAUCAUAUAUAUAAUUAUGUUAUUGAAGAUGACUAUAAGACUCAUGCAAGUACCUGGUGGGGAACGAGAUUGCUGAACAUUUAUUUUACCGGCAUUCUGUCAACUAUGUCGCAGACCCAAGAUCUGGGAGAUGAUUCAUAUUGGAUGACGGGAGGGAUCACGUUCACGACGAAUCCGACUAUUAAGGACAUUCGGGAUCCCAAGCUAUUCAACCUCGCUGGAUGGUUUCUUUCCUCCGAUGGGUUCAUACAAAACGAACCUCUCAACGACACCUCUUUUAUCAAGACAGACCCAAAGAACCAAUUUGUCCCAGUUGUUUGGGAAAGUCUUCACUACACACGGAUUCUUCACUCUCUCAUCGCCGUUGACCUAGGAAACAAGAACGCUCCUAACCUACUUCUGGAUGAGAAGAACCUUCAAUACGCCAUCCUUCCACCAGAUGACCCGAAUCGCAAAAAUGGGUCAUUUCUGAACGACUCAUCAUUAACAGGCCAAGCUACGCGCUAUGCGCAAAUUCCAAAGCCAGGAACAUCACUUCCACCAACAGAUAAGAACCUUGUUCUUCUGAACGAAACUUACGAUAUGUUUGCCAGUAAAAUGGGACCGCUGGGCAGUAAAAACGCUACGAUAGUCUCGCAGUAUCUCUGUUCUGUGCCGCAGAGUAAGAAUCCAGGUGUUAUGCUUUUAGCUAUCCUUCUAGCAGAUCUCGUGUUUCUGCAAGCGGCGUGGGUGAUUUAUAACUGGAUUGCCGGAACCAUGUUGUCUACGUCGCAGAUGCAGACGUGUCAAGGAUGUAUUGGAGGUCUUGUUCAAGUUGUUGAGAAGAAUGGGUUUCUGAAUGAGAGGAAGGCCACGACGACUUCGGGGAGCUACGUGAGUGUCAGUGCUGAUGAAGGGGCUGGGAGUGGUUUGCUGGCGAGGGAAGCUAAGUGA